AUGAAUGCCGUCAUCUCAACCUUCCACCAAUGCGUAAAGUUCCCGACACCUUCCGGAAUUUUCACUUUGCGUAGGAAUCAAAGAGUGACGAGAUCAUGCUUCCUUCGCGAACGCAAGCUCCGCACCGCGUCAUCUUUUAUGGUGAUCGAGCCCUCAAAUCAAUCGCCUCGCGAAGAACCCGAGCCAACAUCCGACACAACAAGACGCGCCACCAUAGCACGAGUGGAAACCCUGCCGAUUCCUCCACGAAGAGCUGGCACCGAACCCACCUCGAAAUCCGACUUGAGCCUCAGCAUGAGCACUAAAAACCCCAAGAAGCUCCUCGGCCUGUUCGAGAUGGAACAACUCGAGGACGACCUGCUACGAAGUUACCUCGAUAGAUUCAAAAGCAUGUUGCUCGACCUCGAUGAGAUUCCAGGAGCACCCCCUAUCUCUGAAACCGCACUCAUCCAGGCCUUCAGAAAUGGACUCUGGUAUCACGCAACUACUCAAGGCACUCCGCAAUGCGCGUUCACAGAUCAGGAGAUAUUCGAAAUCAUUGCUGACAUUCGGAGGACUCCCUUGACGAGCCGCCUCUCCGAAGUCCCGCUGAAGAAGCGUAUCUUGCUACACCUAAGUUUCUACGACGGCCGAGACAUUCCCAAGCAAUGGAUCUCAUCCUUAAUGAUAGCCAUAAGAAGACAGAGAUACGCAUCGCUGGGAGAGCAAAGCGCACUCCUUUGCCAAGCUCUCGCCGAGCACCUGCCUCGCGAAGCCCUGACAUGGUUCGGCAGCCUCCGGGCCGACUCCAUCGACAGCUUCGACGAUCUGGCACUUGCUUUUCUAAAGCAACACCUUCGCUUCGCACUCGACGACCUCGUCUUCCAAAAAUCCGACGAAGAUAGGAUCGACCAUCUUGGCAAAUUCGGCUUCAGCUAG